CGCCCAUCUCGUUGCUGUCCGCCUUUCCUGUGCUGCUUACGUCAGAAGGGGAAAGCAUGCCGGUGGCUUCUGCUAUUCGAAAGGUGGCGAUUGUAGGUCAUACACAACUAUUGGGCGCGCGACAUCGCGCGACAACAACAUCGGCGUUGCCUAGGCGACAAUGUUGUGGUGGUAGUGGAACGCGUUCGACAUCUACGAAGGCCCCAGCACAACCUCCACCCACCGGCGCUCCCAAGCCAACUAAGCCGACAAGAGCCUCCAUUUUUUCGAUGUACAACUCCCUGCUGGAGUCCCGACCUCUGGCGACCAAAGCGGUUACCUCCGGAGCCAUCGCGUUUGCCGGAGACGUGUCCUGCCAGCUGCUAGCGUUGGAGGUGGCGAAAAGAGAAGAGGAGAAAUCAUCGGCGCAAGACGUCGACGAGCUCGAGCACCACGAGCCGUUUGGCGAUGGAGGAGCAAGGAGUGUCGCGAGCGAGAUCGACUGGGGCCGCACGUUGCGAUUCACGUUCGUAGGGGCGGCCGUUGUGGCCCCCGCGCUACACGCGUGGUACGGGUUCUUGAUCCAAAGACUACCGGGCACGGCACCGGCUACGGUCGUCAAGAGGGUGGCUCUCGACCAGCUGCUGUUCGCGCCGGGGUUUCUGGCCGUGUUUUUGUCGACGGUGAUGCUCUUGGACGGUAACGCGGCUAAGAUCGACCGCAAGCUCCGAGCUGACUACACCACAACUUUGGUGAGCAACUGGGGGUACUGGAUACCCGCCCAGGUCAUCAACUUCCGCUUCGUCGCGCCUGUGUACCAGGUCUUGUACGCGAACUUCGUUGGGUUCUUCUGGAACAUUUACCUGUCCUACCAAUCCAACAAGGCAGUGCUCAAGGACAUGGAGCAUCCCGCAGGGGUAGGCGUCACUUCUUCGCACAAGUGAAGAGUAGCGUUGCAGCUCUCGGCCCGCUGCUGCAUUUCGUAUGCGUGUCGUCACCGUGCUGUCGUGUGAACAUGACUAUGCCGUUGUCGUUCGUGUGGCAUACCAUACUGCAGUGUGUCACAUCCACCAGGCAUGUAAUCGUGAAAUUUUGGGGUGGUUUUGUCCACCGGACUAUCGAUGGUGAUCCAAUGACGUGUUCGGAACCCUUUUUGUUUAUCCAAUGCUUGUUUUUGCCCGUUUUGUUGUGGCGCGUUCAUUUCUCCAGCCCGUUUACAGUAGUAGCCGCCGAUUUAAGAUGCGCAAUCUGUGCCUUAAUCAAGACAUGGUGCGCUCAUCGGCAUCAAUUUUGCUUUUCUUUGUGCUGAGUUGGCCAGUCUUGGGCGGGUCGGCUUGCGUGUUGGUGACAAAUUAUGUUUUGGGUACGUCUUUAUUUUUUUAAUGCAUGCUUGGGUACAUGUUUAUUUUUUAGAUGCAUGCUUGAGUUAAUAUGUAGAUUUGAGACCGAGUUUCCAGUCGUGAAAGUGAUGGGUGCAGACAGGGGUGACCUUUGUUGCAUACGGGACAUUAUCAGUUGGCGGUUAGAGUUAUGCUGCAACUCGGAGGUUCGAUCAGUUUUUUUUCGUUUUUUGCGCAAGAACACUCACAACUAGUGCCCACACCGCUGCCGACAACGCCAAGUGUAGUGGUAUGCACGCGUGAUGAAGUCUGGUUGACCCGUGAAGAAGAACUCACUUGUUGUUACUCUUGUAGAACAGCAGCAGCAGUAGCUGUUGCCUUGGGUAUCGGUAGGAAUGACACCAAGGGGCACAGGAUCCUCUGCACAAGCAGGGGCUACUAGAUCAUGUCCCCUACUUUUUAUCCUUCCGCGGAGAGUUACAUCUCUCCGCGCCUUCUAGAAGGAACCAAGCUCUUCUAUGUUCCGUCUACACAUCUGAAUCCUAUAACACCGAAGCAAUGGAAGCUUGAACUGCAGUGUAGGAUGACACACCGCGAGUGCCAUGGACUGCUGCUGCCCUCUAGAUAGAACGAACCGGUCUGCCGUUGUGGCAGGGGGGUGUUCCGCUCUUUGGCUGGCACGCAUAGUCCAAAACGGUCGAAUGUAUGUCUGUUGUGACGUUUACGUUUGGUUCUGGUGGGUGUCCGUUGUGCCCAUUCCAAUGUUUUUUGUCAGCCAUUAGGGUACGCAGUACAGCGCAGCUGGAGUGCACGUAUUCGUCUAUGAUGUCUUGUUUCGACGAACGGUUACGGCGCGAAAAGAUCCGUCGCGGUGUGUGUGGACGAGUGCUCGAGCUAUUAAGGCUCUACGUGCAUGGGGAAACAAAAUUUUCUGUGGCC